UUUUAUUUGGGCGUAUUAGAAUCCGAUUACGUUUCACUCAGUCAUGUCCAAUCGGAAACCGGAUGCAUAAGGAAAGUCUAAAGUUUUGGGAAGUUUUUGCAGUCAGUAUUGAUUCGUAUGACAUAUUACAAACAAAGGCUUACAGCAAAUAAUGUAAUUAUGUGAAUGUGCACAUGGAAACGUGAAAUUUAAGUCAAAUUGCCUGAAAAAGAUGUAUAUCAACCAAAGCAGCGGCAAGGUGUGAGAGUAUUGGCAAACGCCAGCUAUGGAAACGCAGUUCAGCAUCGAUGACGCGUUUGUGCUGGAGGGAGAGGAUGAAGGGGUGUCUGAUGGAGAGAAGGAAGGAUGGAAGGGCAGAGAGAAAGACAGAGAGGGGGGAGAGAUGACAUUCGGUCCCCUGUCCUUUGCCAAACCCCAGACUCACUCGCCCUCCGCUGUGGCUGGCUCCCCCGACCACAGCAGCAGUCUGAAGUACCAGAAUCUGGAAAAUGAAGACGUCUUGGGCAGCAGUGGCAAUUCCUCUUUCAAUAACUUCUUCAAAAUCAGUGAUCCUGCGACUCUGUCUUACUGCAGCUCCCAGUGGUCGUUCAGCACUUUGAGUUCUGUCACCCAGCUCUCUGCACACUGCUGCGGGUGGACAUCUCACCCUCUGGUGAAGAAGAACAGAAGAGUGGUCCUCGCCUCAUUCCUUCUCCUCGUCACUGGAGUCGCUCUCAUUUUCACUGGUGUCGUAAUACAGUUGAAUCCGGAUGCAGGUGUCUCAAGUGCCAUUUUCUUCGUCCCUGGAUUUCUUCUCUUCAUUCCUGGGGUGUACCAUGUGAUUUACAUCAGUUGUGCGGUUCGGGGAAGAAGAGGCUUCAAGUUCUUCUACUUGCCCUAUUUUGAAAAAUGACCCAUUGCACUACACCUUUUUUGUCUAAUUUUGAGAAUUGUACUUUUUUCAAUUAUGUAACAAAUGUUUUUUCUUAUUAUGUCAAACCUUUUUAUCCUGUCUUUAUACUGACCACUAUUGCAAACUCAACCACUUUGUGCCUCGAUAGCUUCUUGCACAUCCUUUAUGGAAGAGAAGGAGUCUGAUUUGCCCUGCCUGUGUUUGUCAUGUCUCGUGAGUAAAUAGUGACUGUGAAACUACAAUAAACCUGUUUUUUUGUAUAUUACUUUUAAAA